AUGAUGCUUAUUGUUCUUGUCUUUGGUUUUGUUGGGGACCAUUAUGUUCAUCACUAUGUUGUCCUCACCAACUACAACACAAUUGAAAAAUGCUGCGUAGGAAUCUUUAACCUUAAUCGAAGACUCGCAUUGAAAUGGCAUCCUGACAAGCACGGAGGUGACAGUGCUGUUACUACAAAAUUUCAAGAGAUAAAUGAAGCUUACAAUGUAUUAAGUGAUCCUGCCAAGCGUCUUGAUUAUGAUUUAACGGGGAUAUGCGAAAUUGAAAAAUAUAGUUUACAGGAAUAUCUUGCCAGAUUUAAGGGCAUGAUUCUUACCUGCAAUGGACUUGGUAUCAGUCAAACAGACAGAUGGUCACCACAAUUGAUUGAAAAUUUUGAAUCCCUUGAUAAAUAAGGCAUCAAAAUCUAAAUUUCAUCCAGCGGAGUUACGAAUAAGGAUAUUAAAGCGUAACCAUGAUCUUAAUUUCCACUCCACUCGGUUUCACCGAGAUUUGAAACCUCCAUAAUUGACAAUGCAACUCUUCUUGAAUCAUACACACUGUAAUAUCAAGCUACUUCAAGUGUACGUUUAGAAUGAGCUGUUAUGACGAACCUUUACGUCAGUGUACUAGUUUUGUUUCAUGCCUCUUGGUUUGUUGACUAGUGUACAAUAUGCUGUUUUUUUAAUCUUCAUAUUAAAUCAAUUAACUCUGUAAAUGGACUUGGUAUUAGUCAGGGUUAGAAUUCUGAA